AGUUUUCCGCAGCCGAAGGGGAGUCUGAGGUCGAAAACGAUCUAGUACCUCACGAUGCUGUGCUAGCGUGGCGCCAAAACCAACGGGACCAGAUGCGGAUUAUGCGGCAUCAGUGGUGCCCCAUACUUUUAAGGCUCCGAACUGUCAACACUUAAUGUUACUGCUUUUCAUCGAAUAGUUGUAGCACUAGCUAUUGCCUCGCCAGCGAGGAAAGUACCUCCGUCAACCCUUCCGUUCAUUCCGAUUGUUCAACUAUCGUCACGCCAGUCACGCAGUUCAACCCCCCAUCCUCCAAACUGUCGACGUCAACUACCCAUCUCGUCCUACAGCCAACUCAGUAUCUUUCAAUUAUUUCUACUUGAAAAGAAAGUUAUUGUCUCAAAUAAAUUUGAGAAUAAGUAGAUCAUGUACUACAACUUCCAAAGGUAGUACUAGUACUAGUACUAGCACUAGUCCUAUCAUGAUGAACGUACUCGUACUAGUACUAUCAUAAUGGGUUGUUCGUCUUGUGGUCGGUGCAAGCCCUAAGAAUUUCAGCAGCGCGGGAAGCAAAAGUUACUGGAGCAGAGAAGAUGCUUCGAGAAGCUAUAGCAUCCCAGAGUCUUCCGGAAGAUCAUCCAUUGAUGAAAAAUCACGCUCAUUUGUGCGCUGUUCGAGAGAGGGCUGAGGAGCGCAGGGUCUGCCUUGCAACCACCGUGGAGUGUUAAGGCUUCAUCAUGAUCCCAUUAUAAGUAAUUAAUGGUCCAUGAUCGAGUAUGAAAUGGAUGGUCCAUGAUCGACCUUCAGGUUCAGACACAGACACUCCCCUAAGUAACGAUCCAUCGACCUUCAGGUUCAGACACAGACACACAAACAUAAUGGAGAAAGGGGUCAUUUGUUUUGAUCUUCGACAUGCUGAGAGAAGUCUGUCGAAGAUCCGCGCGACCGCGUCUAAGACUGGCAAAGCAGGACAUUGGAGAGACAGAGGGCCACUUUCUCUUCCUUUUUUCCUUGGCAAACGACAAAAGGGAGUGCCAUGGAUGAUUAAGGCAACUACUUACCUCUUGUAGUAGAGAACAUUUUCAUAGACCUUCUUGUAUACAUUUAACCUGGAGAUUGUCUUAACUAAACCUGGAGAUUGUCUUAACUAGACACGUGCUUAUACUAGAGAGAGAGAGUAUCCCCACAACAUAAGAAAGCAUUCUUCUUGUCUGGUGGUUCUUUUUCAAUGAAAAAGACGACCAAGGAUGUUGGUUUUCAGGUUAUUUUGAUUUAAGUAUAUCUAAGGAUGUAGAUAUUGAGAUGUACUAGAUCUAGAUCAUGUUGUGAUAGCUCCUCUAAGACGAACCGGCUCCGCUCGUGCCAGCUGGAGCUACUUCAUCAUCGACGUCUGGAGCCUCCUCACCGUCAUUUGGAGCUGCUUCGCCGUCACUUGGAUCAGGAGCUAGUCCUACAAUUCCAGGAAGCCUUCCAUCCCAACAUUAAGUCUAGAACCGUUCUUAAGUAGAUCUCAGGCUAGCAACGUCCUCAACGCGAACAUCCUUGGUCCGUUUGUUUCUUCUUUUUUCUAAAAACUACACACAGAUUUAAGCCAAGGAUGCAGAAGAUGCGUUCAGGGAGGUUAUGAUUAACUACUUACGCGGUUCUUGCUCUAACAAUUUCCACAAGCUACACGUCGCGUCAAUCCGAAUGAGCAUCACGAACAAGCGAGCAUGCGGGAAAAGUUAAGACGGAAUCCGAGGUACAGCGCUAAUUUGAUCUGCGACAAGUUUGGUAUUUGGUACCUCGUUGGGUCGAGCCAGAUACCCUAUCCGGUCCCGGCGCCACCGAUGGUGCCUGGCGGCACCGAUGGUUCGUUUCGCCCCGUUAACGUCUAUGAGGCACCUGCUUCACCUCAGGACGCUCAAGCACUAGUGCGCGAUUUGCAGCUCCUACGUAAGGCUUGUUACCUCACUCUCUGGAAUUCAUCUUGUUGAGAAGCAUCUACUUCCUUUGGCCCCUUAUCACUUUACCCUCAAGCUGCCACGUGAUCAGGGACAUUCUUGGACUCCUGUUACACCUUCAUUUAAGGGGAAAACUACACGUAAAAGUAGAUGACUCUUGCAAGAUGAAUAUAUUCUGUAAGGUCAGUCUUGGUCUAACCUACGCAUCAUGCACAAGCGGAAAGAAGGACAUGGAGGACGUACGAAUAAGAGUAAAAGUAGUGCAUCGGAAGUAGAAGAUUCAGACCAGGAUCAAAAGAACGGAGGUUCCGAGAGCAACCGAGCAGAAGGUCAAGGUGGUGCCGCCACUAACAGUUGUGAUGACAAUUCAGCUGCUCCUUCACCCUCUAGAGCAUCAAGCGCAGCGUCAAAAAAUGGCGCAACCAGUAAAAAUUUGAGCGGUCCAGAACUUCUCGUAGAAGAAUACGGGUUGACGCUUUUGCAAGCGCAAAUGUUCGUUCGGGAGCUUGUACUUCACGCGAAAGAGGGCAAACGUUGGAUAGCUUUGCAAGUUGCACAUGAGGUGAGCGGAAGCGGCUUCUUUAAGAGCAGCAACUAUUAAGGCUUAUUGUACCAGUACCUUAAAGAUCAAUCUACACUCUGAAGGCAUCUGGAAGUAUCCUGAAGGCGACAUCAGACUGAAGCAUGAUCCUGAAGACUGAUCAGACUGAAGCAUCAUGAUGAAGAGACUCUCUUCAAUGAAUAAGAAAGGAGGAACAGGACGCUUGCCUCUUAGGAUUGACCUUAGGAUCAUGAGCUCUAAAACUAUCAGCGAGGACGUCACUGUCGACCGGAGCACGUUUCUGCAAAGGCUAGUCGCCGUCUGAAUCUCAACAAAACCGCUACUGAGCGCAACCUCUCAAAGCAAGGAUUGCGCUCUAACAUUUUGAACCUCGAGAAGAAGCUCGCCUCCAACCCUCGUCCAGGAGAUAGUGAUAGCGAUAGCAGUAUGGUAGUGGUACUGAUUCUACUUAUGAUAUGAAAGAAUAGAUUGUUGUUCCUUGAAUGUCAACAAUAAAUUUCAUAUAAUUUUACGGAGUUUGUUCUUGUUGUUCGUUAUGAUUUUAGGCAUUUUUUAUUUAUUCAUCCGCCAGCCUCACAAAAACAGGAGGAUCAACCUGCUCCCUGGAGCAAGAGGGGCAAGAAGAAGAAAGAAAAACGCCUAGCUAAAAUGCGGAAAGCUCACGAUGGAGAGUCGUCCACAGAUGAUGACUUUGAUUAAGGCAAAAGAGGAUCUGCUAACACACAUUGCAUUUUGCAUCUCUACUGGGAGAGUAGUAAAAAGUCCAAUCUCUAUCUUAUGCAUUCUACAAGGCCUAUCUCGUCCUUCUCCUCUCGCCACAUCUUUCUUCUUACAUACAGGAUUGAAAGAUGCAGGCACGCGCAAAAAAUGUACUCGAAAACUGAAAAUCAAAGCGAGUAGCUAACUGAAAUAACCGAGUAUCUCAGAAGAUUACCCUCUUCAGUUACUCGCUGAUUUCAGUUUUUCAAUGACCGAGUCCACUGUUUUGCACCCCUCUAAUCUGAGACCGGAGAUUUGCAGCAGCAUGGUGGAACUGUGCCGUGGUCUGGGUCUUACAUCGGCAUAGCAUUUUUAAACCUCAACACCUGGCAGCCAGGGUAUUCAGACUGGAUUUGGAGCAUGUUCGAUAAGGACUGGCUCUCAAAGCAUUUAGUCGAAGAACGUACUUAUUUUUUUCGAAGCAUUUGGUCGAAGAACGUACUCAUUUUUUUCGAAGCACCUGGUCGAAGAACAUACUUAAAUUGUGAUUUUUUUCUUGACGAACUAUGACUAUCUUCAAUGAACUAGUUGUACUAGUAAGUUACUAAUCUUCAUAAACGUUAUGGUGUGUGUAAGUGCAAGUACUAACACUAGGUAGUGAUGAACUGUAUUGUUUCUUUGAGGACUGCGAUUUUAGUCAGAGAUGAGCACACGACAGGUAAUGGCGUUGGUCUGCUUAUUGACCCUCGCAAGCCCGGCGAUGUUCUUGUAG